AUGGAUAAGAAACGGUGUCAAGAGCCGUUGGAACCCAGCAAUAUCAAUUGGAUGAAGGAUCAAAUUCAUCGAUGCGAAGAGCAAUGCGAUCACACAGCAUACGACCCCAAGUUCCUACCGACUAGACUGAUUGAUGUUGGAACGCAGCACGGAGAUGAUGCGCGACUAGUCAUCACAGCGGAUCUACCAAAAAGCCAGGAUGAUGGCGUGAGCCACUCUGUCAAGUACGCGACAUUGAGCUACUGCUGGGGCCCUAAGGAGGACGCCAAACAACAAGUGAAAACGACUAGAGACAACCUGUCUCUCCAUCUCAACAGAAUGCCCUUAAGUGAGAUGAGUCCCGUGGUGGAAGAUACUAUUCUUGUUUGCAGGGCACUCAACAUUCGUUAUGUAUGGGUUGAUGCCCUCUGUAUCCUCCAGGGAGACGCCAGAGACUGGGAUAAAGAGAGUGAAAUGAUGGGCAAAGUCUACUACUGCUCCUAUCUCACCAUUUGUCCAUUGGUCUCAACGUCUUGCAUGCAAGGAUACUUGACACCCAGGGCUUCAGGAAUAGAAAUCGAGUUUCAGUCUUCUCUGCGACCGGGAGUUCGGGGGACUUAUUCUAUCUUUGAGUGCCAAGAAAUCGUUGUUCCUGAUCGCCCUCCAUCGUUGCUAUCCAGGCAUCUCGACAAGAACCAGUCAUCAUGGCCUACCAGGGGUUGGACAUUUCAGGAGGGCAUCUUGUCACUUCGCAUCUUGUUCUUCGGUGAAUCGAUGAGCCACUUCUCAUGUGAGAACAAAGAUUCGUCAGAAAAUGGAUACCUUGUGGAUAACUCUAGUGGGCACUGUCAGGGCCGGAGAUUGAUAGAGUCGGAGUCUCUCAGCCUCGACUCAGUCCGCAAAAGAAUAGAGAUUUACGACCUAUGGGAUUUCAUAAAGAUGAUACAGGGAAGAAAAUGGACUUACAAGGAAGACUUUCUGCCAGGCUUAUCAGGUAUAGCCAAGCAAUACGCUAACAUGGUCAACGAUGUCUAUCUUGCAGGUCACUGGAAGGACAAUCUGCUAUAUGACCUCACAUGGGAAGUCUGCUGGCCUGAACCCGGGGACCUAGACAAAAGAUUGAAUCUCCUUCGGAACCCGAGCCCUUAUGUAGCUCCAUCUUGGAGUUGGGCGUCGCAGGAGAGCAAGGUUGAUAGGGCGAUAGAUACACAGUAUAUCUUGGAAGAACAGGAAGAGGAUAUUGACGAGACGGAUGAGAACCGUUUCAAGCUUUGGUCAUAUACCACAACCCAGAUGUGCCACACGCGGUCCGAGUUCAAGUUGGAGGAGUUCAAAAUGGAUUUGUGGGGGGUGAGCCCUUUUGGGCGCUUGAAAGGGGGGUUUAUUAGAGUUUCCGGAAAGGUGGUUCCAUUCCCUUCAAAGGUGCUCAUCAGAAAAAGAGAAGACAGUGGCCGUCAUGACUUUGGGUACUUCACUGAUGGUCUUGGAACGUGCCAAUUUGACUGGACCUCGCAACUCGACACCGUCCAGGAGCCGGGGAGGAUGCGGCUACUACCCAUCACGAGCUGCUGUUCUUCCACGAGCAACUGGCGACGCAUCAUGUGGUACGCAAACCCAGAAGAUAACCCCGAGGAGUUGCGUCGCAACUUGAUAGAGGGCGAUCAACUCUGUCGCGCACUUGGAAAAGACUGGGUGGAAAGACAGGAUUGCAAGUGCUGCAAAGAUGAGGGCCUGGCCAGGAACACAUGGGGACUCAUCAUCCACCCUGCAGAAGAGCCAGGAUCAUUUUGUAGAAUCGGGGUCUUCCUGUUGCCUGCAUACAGCGGAGGAAGUAAUCUCUUCAAGGAUAUCGAGAGCCAGACAAUCAUGCUAAUUUGA